CAGCAACACAAGACAAAAUCGCAAGCCGGCCGGUCAAAACGGAGAGCCAGCUCGUCGGUUUCAAAGUCACAAGCAGCCACUACAACAUUCUCUAUUGAAGACGGCAGCCCCAGUACCUCAACCGCCACCAGUAAUACCCGGAGGAAGAAAAAGACGAUCCGUGAAAAGAACAGGACUGCCGCGACAAAGUACCGCAACAAGAUAAAGAAGGGCGCCGAGGAGCUGCAGGAGAUGGAGAGCCAGCUCUCCGAGAAGAACAGAAUUCUCAGCGGACAUGUCGAGUGCCUGCGUAACGAGAUCCUGUCGCUCAAGACAGAGAUCCUGCGGCACGGCACCUGCGAGAGCCCGCUGAUACAAGAGUACAUUAUGGAGACGGCC